GUUUUACCACUCAUAGUAUUCCAUUUACUGGCAAUUAUCUUUUAUCCUGCCCAUUAUUUACAUCAUGUUUCUAUCGUAUAUGUUUCUGCUCACCCUUCUAUACCCAGUGGGCAAUAUGAGGAGGCUGUGCGAAUGGUGUUAGACAACGCACCGGUAAACUCAAAGGACGUGGGCCUUAAGGAGGCCGCCUCAGCACUGAUCCUGCGUGGCAUGUCAUCGAUACGCACAAACCAAAUUGAUGCCUUUGUGGGCGGAUUGAACCAAAAGCAGUUGGAUACGCUGAUGAAGUAUAUCUAUCGCGGCUUUCAGAAACCUGUUGAUAUUACUUGCCCUGCGCUGCUUACUUGGCACGAGAAGGUUUGGAAACUCAGUUCAAUAUGCCGCGUCUUGACAGACAGGCAGGUUGUCUGA